UAGCAAUGUCAACAACAACAACAAUAUAACAGUAACUAACUAACAAUACUAAGCUCCUUUUCAAAAAAAGAAAAACUAAGCUCUGUCAACAGGCGAAUUCAGCCAUGGCUGACUCUUUUCGGUCUUCAUGCAAUUCUAAUUCAGUAGCAGAAAGCCCAGCUGGGAACGAGGAGAGCAUAUCAGUUACCUCACCAAAUGGGCAUCAUUGGAUAAAAGAGAGGUUGACUCAAGCACUUGGGUAUUUGAAGGAUUCAAUUGAUCAGCAUGUCCUGGCUCAGGUUUGGGUACCAGUAAAGAAUGGGAAUCGGUAUGUACUUACAACUUCAGGGCAACCCUUUGUUCUUGAUCCAGAUAGUAAUGGACUCCAUCAGUAUAGAAUGGUAUCUCUGAUGUAUAUGUUUUCUGUGGAUGGGGAGACCAAUGGAGUUCUUGGGCUUCCUGGUCGUGUUUUCCAACAAAAAUUGCCUGAGUGGACUCCAAAUGUGCAGUACUACUCCAUCUGUGAGUACCCUCGUCUAGACCAUGCUCAGCAUUACAACGUGCGAGGUAGUUUGGCUUUGCCUGUGUUUGAACCUUCUGGACAGGCUUGUGUUGGUGUACUUGAGCUUGUAAUGACUUCGGAGAAGAUCAACUAUGCACCUGAGUUUGAUAAAGUCUGCAAAGCACUUGAGGCAGUAAACUUGAGAAGUUCAGAGAUAUUACAUCAUACUAAUUCACAGAUUUGUAAUGAAGGUCGUCAAUGCGCAAUAGCUGAAAUUUUAGAGAUAUUGACAGCAGCCUGUGAAACACACAAGUUACCAAUGGCUCAGACCUGGGUUCCAUGCUUGCAUUGCAAUGUUCUUGCUUGUGGAGGUGGCCUAAAGGAAAACUGUACUAGUUUUGAUGGUAGUUGUAUGGGACAAGUCUGUUUGUCCACAGCUGAAGUAGCAUUCUACGUUGUAGAUGCUCGAAUGUGGGGUUUUCGAGAGGCAUGUCUCGAGCAUCACUUGCAAAAGGGACAAGGGGUUGCUGGCAGGGCUUUCGAUUCUCGCAACUUAUGCUUCAGCAGUGACAUUACUCAGUUUUGCAAAAAUGAGUACCCUUUGGUACACUAUGCACGUAUGUUCGAAUUAACUAGCUGUUUUGCUGUCUGCUUACAGAGCAGCCACACUGGAAAUGAUAACUAUGUGCUAGAAUUUUUUCUGCCUCCAAACACAAAUCCUUCUGAACAACAUACUUUGUUGGGAUCCCUAUUGGCAACAAUGAAGAAGCAUUUGCAGAGUUUCAAAGUUGCUUCUGGAGCUGGACUCAAGGAAGAAGAAGGGCUUGUCGAAGUUGUUAAAGUUUCUGCAACUGGGGGACUUGAGUCAAAUCUUGAAUGUAUUCCAAUACCCCAGAUUGCAGAUUCACCCCCCAAGACCUAGUGCCUUACAAAAUGGAGGAGACAAUUUCGUUUAAGGAUCAAUUUUUGAGCCUUUUCACUGUUGCUAAGUGUUGAUUUUGCACAAUCUAUUACUAACUCAAUCCAUGUGGAGACUAUAUUACUUGUUUUGUAUUUGUAUACACUUGCACAUACUGUAUAUAAAUUGUUGCUAGUUUACUUCAA